ACUAUAUUGGUAGCGGUUUUGAUUUAUUAAAUUAUAUUUGUUCGUUGAUUGGUCGAAUUUGAAAUCAAACAGCAACGGUUAACACUCAACAGGAAGAGUAAAAAAGAAAAAUGUAAAUGGAAAAAUCCUACAUCCUUAACAUAAUAACAUUAUUCAACAAUCAACAGUCAACCUCAACGCCUCAACAUCGACAUGCCAACAUCCGUAGUUGUAUAGUAAUUAUAGUACAUUUUAGUACUUACUACCUUGUGAGUUCAGACUUCAGAGUUUAAGGUUGUGUUUACUGUUUAAUGUUCGUUCCUACUGUUCGUACAAGGCUAAUGGAUAUAAACACUAUACAGAUCACAGUGAUACAGUUGACUCAGCACUAGGAAAAACUUAUAACUUAAAACUAUUAUUUAUAUAAUUUAUUUUGCGCUUUGUGUCUUUACUCUUCAGUGAUAAACAUUUUGUUUUUUGCCUUGACGAUUAUUAUUCCUUUUAUGGUGGACCGUUCUGAAUCUAAGCUAAAAAUCCAUAUAGUAUCGUAAUCAAAUUAUCGCACCACUUUGUAAAUUCAUGUCUCAAGUAUGAAAUCUUCACGUUCCACCUCUUCAAAACUCACAAGUAGAUUUGCGAGAAGAUUAAUAUCCGAAUCAUCUGAUGAUAGCAACGAUGAAGAUUCUACAAAUUCGCACAUGGAUAGUGCUCGAGCGGAGAAAGCGUUUUCUCGCCGCAGACGCCAAACACCAACUCUAAACGGAUCAAAUGUUAAAAAUGAUUCUGCUCAUAUUCAAUCUGACAGAACAUUAUUCAGAUUGUCUGAUACGUCUGCUUCAGAAGUGUCGGACCAAAGUAGUAUAGAUAAAAAACAACCCUUUAAAUAUCAUGAUAAAACAACUUCUCCUGAUGACUCAAUAAAUGAAUCUAUUUUCAAACCUUCAAAAAGAAAUAUGGCUAAGUAUAGAAAUAUAUUACAAUCAAGUGAUGAUGAAAAAUCAAAAAAUAGUAAUUUUAAUGAAUCAAGUGACAAUUCUUCAUCUAACAAAAGUCGGUCUUUAAUAGAAUCAGAUGAAAGUGGUGAAGAAUGUUUACUUGAAGAAUAUAUAGAUAAGCUUACUGAUACAAAAAGUAUUAUAGCUAAUGAAUCUUUUAAACCUCCUGGAAAUUUUAAAACCAAACAAGCUUUAAUUUUAGACUCUAGUAAAGAAAGUCAAACCAUGUCAAAGAGUGAUAUCUUUAAUGAAACCAAUUUAAUUUUAGAAUCAGAUGCUGAAGAAAAUGUUAAAAAUUCACCGCAACAAAAACUUCAAAUACCUAAGAAUGUUGAUGAAGAAUAUCAUAUUGAAACAAAAUUAAAUGAUUUAUCUUUAAUUGGACCUAGUGAUUCUGAUUCUGAUAUUUCUGUACAUCAAAAAUCAACUGUUACGUCUUCUAAACAAAACCGACCAUUUAUUGAUGACUUGAAAUUUUCAAACACUAUUUAUUCUUUACAUGAUCCUAUAUCUCAGAGUAGUAUUUUAGAAUAUCCAAAAUCUGAUGAAGUAAACAUAGAACAAACAUCAAAGAUUAAAAAAAAUGAGAAAAUAAUUGAAACAAUUGAUUUAAUUGAUGAUAGUCCAAAAACAUCUAAAGUAUGUUUACCAAAACAUCAUAAUUUAACAAUUGAUUUAACUGAUGAAAAAGUUGAUGAAAAGCCUUCUGUAUUGUCAAAAGAUAUUUCUAUUGAUAAUAUAAAAAAAUUGACAAGUAGUGAUUUUCAAUCUCUGAAAAUGGAAAAAAUAAGAUUAGAAGAAAUUUUAAGACGAUUUACAAAAAAUAUUACCAACAUGAAAAACACUAUGAAAAUUACAAAUUUAAAUUUAUUACCUGAUGGAGGUUAUAAAUUAAAAAAAGCUAUAAUUAAAGAAGAAAGUGCACUUAAAGAUACAAGAAUACAAUUAAAUAAUGUACUUAAAAAAUUGGAAGAUUACCCAGAUGAUUCAAAAUUACUUCAAAAACCUCAUUUGAAUAAUUUAAAAACAUUAGAUAUUAAUAAUGCAUUAUCAAAAAAAGCUGCUGGUAAUAUUGACAUUAAUGCCAUGGGCGACAAAGCUUUGAAUACUUAUCACACACAGCAAACUAUGACAUUAGAUGUCCUUAAUAGUUUGCACAAAUCAUUAGGAACCUGUCCAUCAACUAAUGUUUUAGCUGAUGACCCACAAAAACUUAAAGUGGAGCUUAUGCCCCACCAAAAACAUGCUAUAGCUUGGCUGAUGUGGAGAGAGAGUCAAAAACCACGUGGGGGUAUUUUAGCUGAUGAUAUGGGUUUAGGAAAAACUUUAACAAUGAUUUCUCUAAUUCUUAAAACUUAUGAAGCUCAGAAAAGCCAAGAUGAAGAUUCUGAUACAGAUGAUUCUUUUGUAGACUCAAAUCUCAAUUCUUUUAAAGGAGAAACCCUUAUUAUAUGCCCAUCAUCAUUAAUUAGUCAAUGGGAAAACGAAGUAAAAUCUAAAGUAAAGCCAAGAGUUUUAGAUGUUGUUAAGUAUCAUGGACCAAAUAGAGAGUCUUCUGCUAGACGAUUAGCUAAAAAACAUAUAGUUAUUACUACAUACGCUACAGUUAUGUGGGACCAAAAGAAUAAUAAUAAAACAAGCCCAUUAUUUCAAAUAAAGUGGUGCAGAAUCAUUCUCGAUGAAGCCCACACAAUUCGAAAUCAUAAAAGUCAAACUUCUGUAGCAAUAAGUUCACUUUCUGGUUUAAAUCGAUGGGCAUUAACUGGAACACCUAUUCAUAAUAAAGAAGCUGAUUUUUAUGCAUUAUUGAAAUUUAUUAAGUGUCGCCCUUUUGAUGAUUGGCCAGUUUGGAAACGAUGGGUAGGUAAUAAUGAUGAUGCUGGUAAAAACCGACUUUCAUUAUUAGUUAAGGCACUUAUGUUAAGACGUACUAAAGAUGAGUUAAAAGAAACUACAUCAUUUGAUUUACCACCUAAAACAUUUAAUAUAAUCAAAGUUGACUUAUUUGAUGAAGAAAAAAAUGCCUAUGAAAAAGUUUUGCAAUUCUCGAGUACACUGUUUGCCAAGUAUCUAUAUGAAAAAGCUGAUAAAGAAAAUGCUAUCGAACGUGGUUUUCCAGUGAAUAACAAAGCUAAAUAUUUAAGUCAAAAUAGUGACAAUAUUUUUAAAGAUCAUCCUGAAUUGGAUAAAUUAUUCAAACAGUUUUUAAAUAACAAAAACAUUCAAGCUCAUCAUAUCUUAGUAUUAAUUUUGCGAUUAAGGCAGCUAUGUUGUCAUCCGUGUUUGUUGAAAAAUAUGUUGGAAGAUGAAAGUCUUAAGGUUGAUGGCAUACAAGAUAUUGGGGAUGUAGAUAUAGUAGACCACUUGAGUCGCAUGUCUAUAGGUGUUCCGAGUGUUGAAAAAGAUACUGUUGAAAAUAGUAAUGUAAUUUUUAAAGAAACAUGGAUUAGUUCAAAAAUAAAAGCUGUUUGUGAUAUGGUUAAGGAGAAGGUAUUGUAUACAGAAGAUAAAGCAGUUAUUGUUUCCCAAUGGCCGAGCGUAUUAAAUCUUGUAAAUAAACAAUUAUCUCAGUAUAAUGUUAAAACAGAGAUAUUCAGUGGAGUUGUUCCUGUUCUGCAUAGACACAAAAUAAUAAGUGAAUUUAAUAAAGUCAAUGGUGGACCAAAGAUUUUAUUACUGUCAUUAAAUGCUGGUGGUGUUGGUCUCAAUUUAGUAGUUGCUAACCAUUUGUUUUUGGUGGACAUUCAUUGGAAUCCACAACUUGAAGCACAAGCCUGUGAUCGGGUUUACAGAGUAGGCCAGAAAAAACCAGUCAAUGUGUACAAGUUUAUUUGUAAUAAUACCAUUGAAGCAUCAAUUCAGACAAUUCAAACUCAAAAGCUUGAAAUUGCUAAUAAUAUUUUUGGUGGUUAUAGUAAUGUAGAAGGUACUAAGAUUACUUUAGAAGACCUUAAACAAAUAUUUAAUAUAAAUCCUAAUAAAGUCAAAACUUAGUGAAAUUUAUAUUUUAUAAUUUUACAUUAAAAUUAAGUUGUUGUAACAUUUUUUAUGAUUUGAAUUAUUAGAAACAAAUGUUCAAAAUUUUUCUCAAAUUACAUUUAUUAUAAGUUUUUAAAUAAAAAAAAUGACUAUAGAAAA